AUGGCGUCACGCACGGCGUGGCAGCGUGGCGUGGAGCGCGGAUGGCGGCAGUGCGGCAUCGUGGUAGUCGGGCAAGUCUGGCAAGCGAUGGUUUGUCCGAAAUGGCUGCCGCUGUGGCGUGGCGUUAUACCGCCCUGCCGCUGUGCGGAGCCAGUUGUCCGAGACCUGUUGCAGCGGCAACGCGUCAAGAAGACAUCCCUGCGCGGUGAUCGCUGCUGCUGCACGACGCGACGCGACGACGCCGCAGCCGCACCGCGCGAUCCACCGGCGAGGUGGUACCUACCACCGCUCCGCUCGCGAGACGCGACAUCAGACACGCACCAGUUCAGGUAG